UGAAACCUAAUUUUAUAAUUGGCUUCUCGUGAUCUGUUGUUCAGAAUUCAAAUAAGAAUGAAGUAUAUACCCAUAAUGAGCUAAAUCUAGACCCAAAUCAUGAAUAGAUACUUAUGUUAGUACAAUCACAUAACACAGCUAUUUUUGGCACAAGAAUUUGUGUAACUUAUUUUGGCUCCUCUUGUGAUGUCAGUGUGUGGAAGUGUCCUCAAAUGGUAAUACCACUUUACAGCAUUGUUCUGGUAAACGCUAUCGAUUGGUUAGUUUCUGCAUGACAGAUUCAGUUGUGUGGGUGUUUACAGCAGAUUUAUAACAGUGAAGGAGAGCAUCGAGGGCAGACAAGACCACUCAGGCUCUGAGGGCUGUUAUUAAACAUUUUCACGCUGACACAAAUUUGAAGAAUACUGCUGCCAAUUGCACUGAAACGCCAAAGCUGACGACAAAAUGGACAGGACUAAAAAAUAUUUCUCUACGCCGAAUGAAAACGACGAAGAUAUAGACCUUGAUGACUGGAUACCUCCGGAUGCUGAUCUAAUAGAAAAGAUGGUCUCUCAGAUUGAAUAUUAUCUCUCUGAUGAGAAUCUGGUCAAGGAUGCUUUCCUUUUAAAGCAUGUCAGGAGAAAUAAGAUGGGUUAUGUCAAUAUCAAGUUGCUGACCUCUUUUAAAAAGAUGAAGCAGUUGACAAAAGAUUGGUGGGUCACAGCAUAUGCCCUCCGGCAUUCGUUAAUACUAGAGGUGAACAAAGAGGGAAAUAAAGUGCGCAGAAUUGAGCCGGUGCCCGAGUCUGUCCUCUUUCAGGUACCGAGCAGACUGCUGCUGGUCUGGAACAUCACAGAAUCAAAUCUGACAGAGAACAUGGCACACGGCACAUCAACACCUUGCAAGAGCACCAUGGAAACUGCUAUUGCAAUUCUGGAGCCGUUUGGUACCAUUACCAUGGCUCGGGUCAACAGGCCUGGCAGAGAGCUCCUGCCUGAGCUUCAGAAAUACAGCUACAGAUACCCAGAGCUGUUCACUAAGGAGAGCGUACUGGUGGAAUAUGAAGAUCUGGAAGGAGCUGGACGUGCUUACCACCAACUGUCACAGUCUGAAGGUAACAUGAGAGUACUCCUGAUAGGGAAAGCUUCCAAGAAGAAAGCCGUAGAUGUGGGUUUGGAGGACAGGAGUAAUGGGAAGGGGAUCUCCAUCCUGAACCAACGCAUGUUGCAACUUCAGACUUGUGGUGAAGACUCAUCAGCAUAUAGCUCCUCAGAAUCUGAGUUCACCUCUUCAUCGCCUUUGAGCAUACCUCGUGUUUGUUCUGGCCAGGUGUGUAGCAGCCCCUUAAAUAGCCCACGUUCAAGCCCUAGAGGUAUACAUGCACCCCUUCCAGGCCCUCGCAUUUCUCCACUGUUAGCCUCAGAGGUCUGGGGAAGUCCAGACACAAGUCCAGAGUUGCGAGAGAAACGAAAGUUGUGCGGCAACCAAAACAAACACUGUCAGACGAGUGAUAAAAAGCUACUAAAUGGAGACACGGCACCUCCUGGAGUCCUACGCCUGCCUUACGGUCCUGACGGGAGUAGAGGUUUUCACGCAAUCUUAGUUAGAAGACGACUUCAUUAUUCAUUUAAAGUAUAAGGAACCAAUUAUUCCAUCACUGUAAUCACCUGUUUGCUACUUGUUACUUAUAUAUUACUUGUGUUAUGUUUCUUGUCAUUUGAUUUACUGACUUCUAAAUGUAAAUGUGUGUAAUGCUUCUGUGCCUGUAGCUUAAUAUACAAUUCAUCCUUUACUGACAUUUCAGCUGUACAAAGUACAAAUCAAUGACCUUUUAUUCACAUUACAGAAAUGAAAUUAUUCCUAAAUCUUUUUUUUCCUGAAAUCCUAGCUUUUAAAUCAGCCUCUAAAACACCCCUUACAUCAAUCUGCACUGUUACCAACCACAACUCAACUGAAGCACUGAGAAAGUAUUGUUUUUUUUAGUGUAAAGUGCUGUGUCAACACAUUUUAACCCCAACACUAAUCACUAACCAAACACUUCAUUAUUCAAAUUAUACAUCCAGAGUUAAUAAUACUGGGGGAUAAGCAGCGAUAUAUCACGGACAGGAUGCCAAAUCUUCACAGCUUAUCACUUUCCCCCCUUAUAUAUGAGGUUUAUGAGCAAUUUGAAGUCACUA